AUGGACGAGGGCAACUGGACGUCCGUCUCCGAGUUUGUGCUCCUGGGUCUCUCCAAAGAGCAGGACCUGCUGAUCAUUGUGGUGCUCCUGGUCACCUAUUUGGUGAACCUGGCAGGCAACUCCCUGUUGCUGGGGCUGGUGGUGACUGACCCCCAGCUCUGCAGCCCCAUGUAUUUUCUUCUCAGCCACCUUGCUGUGGUGGACAUGAGCUUUGCUUCCAUCUCUCUGCCCCAGGCCCUGGUGCACGCCCUGACCCAGCACCGGGCCAUCUCCUUCACCAGCUGCAUGGCCCAGCUCUUCAUGUACUUCUCCGUGGGCAACAUGGAAAACUACCUGCUGGCUGCCAUGGCCUACGACCGCUACGUGGCCGUCUGCGACCCGCUGCGCUACGCCGCUGUGGUGACACGGUCCCUGUGCCUCAAGAUGGUGGCUGCUUCAUGGGCCGUGGUGAUUCCACAUGCCCUGAUGUAUACAGUCAUGGCUGCCAAUCUGCACUACUGUGACAAUCGCCUACAGCAUUUCUUCUGUGACCUGCCACCCCUCCUGCUCCUCUCGUGCACCACUGAAGGUAUCUUGAUGGCGCUGGUCAUUUUUGCCUUGAUCCUGGCCUCCUAUGUCCGCAUCGGGCUUGCUGUGGCCCGUCUGCGCUCUGUCCAAGGCCUGCGCAAGGCCCUCUCCACCUGCGGCUCCCACCUGACCAUGGUGUUGCUCACAUUCAGUAUCGUGAUGUGGCUCUAUUUCCACCCAGAGUCCAGCGACACCCAGGGGCACGACCAGCAAGUGAGCUUCUUGGACAAAGCGUUGGUGCCCACUCUGAACCCCAUCGUCUAUAGUCUGAGGAACAAAGAUGUGGCUGCGGCCCUGAGGAGAGCAGGGAGGAAGGUUCUGGCUUGGGGCAUGUGA